AUGUGGAGAGCCACUGCUUUCGGAAACAAUCCAACUCUCUGCAGAUGUCUUCGAGAUGAACAUCGAAUACGCGAUGAAGAUGGACCUGGGAGACGUCAAGAUCAACUCGCAGUUCGUGCAGGAAUACGUGAUGACCAACAGAUCUAAAUACGAUAUAAGAUAUAAAUUUGAAAUUACCCAGAGCAAGUUAGACUGCAAGGAGGAAACAAGGAUAAAGUGCAGUUUUAGUAUAAGCCCGGAGAACGGAGUGCUGAAACCCAAUGUGCCAGCCAAACUUAAGAUACGCUUCUGUCCGUGCAGACCCAUGAAUUUCGACAGUUUGCCGGUGUUCUUCUGCCAGUUUCUGGAUUCGAGCAUCGAUCGCGAAGUGAGCAGCUUCGAGCUCAACGUUUCUGCUAAAGUUUACUGUUCCACCUUCGACUUGUGUCCGCCCAUCGAUCUGAACUUUGGACAUCAGUUGGUGCAGACGGCAAAAGUCAAGGAAGUCAUCCUGAAGAAUCUCGGAAAGUACCCGUUCACCUACGCCGUGAUUUCGAUGAGAAAGCAAUUGGAGACGGCGAAGAAGAAAAAAGGCAAGAAGGGCGGAAAGAAGGGUGGUAAAAAGGGUAAAGGGAAAGGUAAGAAGGCUUCGGUCAUAUCCAAGAAGAGUUCGAAGACUUCAAAGAGCAAGACGAAGAAGAGUAGCGGGAAAAGCAGCAAGAGCAGCAAGAAGAGUAAAAAAAGCAAGAGCAGCAAAAGUAGUAAAUCGGAUAAGAAGCCGAAGGCGACAAUAUUAACGGAAGGGAUUUUCUCGGUGACUUCGUCCACCGGGAUCGUUGAUGGCUGCUCGGAAGCAUUCAUCAAGAUCAGUUGCACUCCAAAGAAAAUUGGUUUAUUCGAGGAAUCGGUCAUGUUCAUUGUGAGCGAGAGCUUCGGCAAAGAUAAGCGUGGAAGAAUAUUAAAUUUGAUCGGAAGAGGAUGCACUCCAAGCGUAGAUUUCGAGAAUUACGAGGACAUCUUCAACGAGGUGAGAGUAGUUGAAAAUUUGGAGGAAUUUGCGUGUCGCGAACAGCUUGGUUUGGAUCCAGUCUUUAUCAAAACCUCGAAAGAGUUGUACUUCAACAAGACGUGUCUGAAUGUUGCGAAGGAGGCGAAAAUGAGGUUUCGAAAUGUCGGUAUGAUCGGAGCGAAGAUCACAUGCAGCAUUCGUUUGGGUUUUGAUAUAUUCGACGUUCAUCCAUUGGAGUGCGAGGUGGAAGCAUACAAACAGCAAGUUAUUACCGUCAACUUUAAACCAAACGCCAUUGAGGUCUUCCACGGUAUCCUGGAGAUAUCCGUACUGAUGGGUGAGAGGAUCUUCGAAUUAAAUCUCCUCGGGGAAGGUUAUUUACCAGUAAUUGACAUAGUCGAACCGCGCAUGGAUCGCAUCUUGGAUCAGCACGCAAUCGUUUUCAAUCCAUUGAUGGUCGGAGCGGUAGAGAGGCGUAACAUUUCCAUUAAAAAUUCUGGAGAAAUUCCGUGUAAAGUUUUGCUGGGCGUCGAAGACGACGACAAGGAGAUGCUUUUCCUUAUACCAGAGGAAUUCUCGGAGGCUCUCCAAAAAAUCUGCACCACAGAAUAUCUUCUUCAGGAAUUUAAGCACACAUUGGUCGUCGAAUUGAAACCCUUUAAGACGAACACUAUUGCUCUGGAGUUUCGACCAAAUUGCGAAGAGCGAAUUUCCAGUAAAAUCCAUCUAUUCAUCAUCAACAAUCCAUUUGAAAUUUACGAAAUAAACGUGUCGGGCGAGGGGUACAAGGAGAUGGUUAUUUUGGAGGGUUUGGUGACGAAUACUUCGAAUUGGUCACGGAAUCAGAGUCUGGAGGAGUUUCAGGAGGUGCUGAAACCGUGCUACGACCUCGACUUUGGUUGCCGUUACAUCAAUAAACUACAUAAACUGUUCUUCAAGAUCCGUAACGUUUCUGAAACAGAUGUGUACAAGUUCUCAUUUGAACCCAACGAUAGUUUGGUGUUCAUCCCGGCAAUUGGACACCUGAAGCCUGGCGCCUGUAAGGACAUCAUUGCCACGUUCUACGCCAGGGAGCCGAUCGCUUUCACCAAGGAACGAAUCGAAUGCAAAUUGUGCAAAAUUAGGUACAAGAAUCCGGAUAUUGAAUUGCUAUCUUGGGACGAGAGGCAACACUUUACUGUGUGGCAGCCCAUGCAUUUCGUCUCUUCUCUAAAUUCCAUCGAGGAGGAGCAGGAGAUGGUUUUCGAUGAAGAGCUUGAAUCUAAAACUAGCGAAAAGAGGUCAUCUAGUAUUGGAGAUGAUGCAAGUAUCUGCAAGGUGAAGACUAUCAAGGAACGCAAGGAGCCUCCCAUCGAAGUAAUCGAAAAUAGCGAUAGAUUUCUUCAGCUAUACUUCAGUGUGAUCUCCGAUUACUGCUCAUACGAAUGCGACUUUGCCGAGAUAAUGAUCGAGGAUACUUUUAUGUUUGAGACUAAAGAGAAGAAUUUUACCCUAACGAACACUUCGAGUCUUCCACUGGAAAUCGAUUGGACGCUGACCAUGCACGAGGAAUUUCCAAGAAAGUUCAACUCUGAAGUUUCAGCAUUUUCAAAGAAGUCUUCCACUUCGUUGAUCCGGCCGCAAAGCUGCUACAGACUUCGUCCUGAACACCUCUCCGGCGAGGAAAGAUUCUGCUCUUCGAAUUCAAGACCAAAGACCUCGCGUUCAAGUCUCUUCAGCGGGUCAUCCACGAGCAUCGGCGGUGAUGAGCAAGAGGCAUUCUCCGAUUUCGAUGUUAUGCCUUUCGCCAUUCGACCGCAAAAGAUUGCCGUUCAACCAGGAGAUAAGCAGCUUUUUACCAUCACAUUCAGUCCGUACGAAGCAUACGAAUACGAGAUUUUCGUACGCGCAGAUUUACUGAACCUGCACCCAGAUCAGAGAUGUCCCAGCAUCGUGGUGCGAACUAAGAGCGUUCUGCCCUUGUAUCAUUUCAAUCUUGAGCCGAGCGACUAUUUCCGACGUCGCAACUCUAAAAUCUGCGAUCCUUUGGAUUCGAGAGAAGUGAAGGUUAUAGAAUUCGAAACCCUGGGAAUUGGGAUGCCCGAAACCAACAAAUUCACAAUCAUCAAUCCCACUGGGGAAGAUUUCACUUAUCGUUGGGAGAAACCGAAGGGCGGAAAGAAUAUGUCUCUGUUCCAAUGCUUGACGCCCGAAGGUCGUGUAUUUAAAGGGAAGUUGAGCGAGGUCAUGUUCACCUUUGUAGCGCAAAGAACCGGCGUUUUUGAGACUGUUUACAAUUUCCACAUAGAUAAGUACGACUUACUAACGAAGUUCUUGUUGGUGGGAACGGCGCGUGAACCUUGCGUCUACUUCAAGAGCAGAACGAAGUUGUUGAAACCCACCGUCUCUGGAAUCGAUGUUGGCGAGGAAGUUGUCCUUGUCAACAACGAGGACAUUCAGCUCGAGUUCAAGAUAAAGAAAUCCUCGCUGUAUUCCGAAGGUCGUGUUCAGAAGCUCACCGUUGAACCGAUGUUCGGAUUCGUCAGAGCCAAAUCGGAGAAAUCAAUCAAAGUAACUUUUCAUCCGAUUUUUGUUGGUCAAAUAACGUUCACACCAUUGUGCAGAGUCGAGAGGAUGGAGAAACCCUUAAGUUUGGUGGUGACUGGUAACUGUUACCAAGUGCAGACGUCUGUCAAGUUAGUGAGUGCCAUCGAGGAGGUCGAUCUAGAUCCAAACAACCAGAAUUCCAUUGAACUAAGUUCGGUAAUCAUAAUAAAGUUCAUUGUAAAACAAGAUUUGUAUGUUCACGUGCAAUUCAAUCAACAGUUGAUAGCGUUGAAGCAGGAUACUAUUAAGUUCUCGGUGGGUAACGUCGGAGCCGUCGGCUUUUACUAUAAAUUAGAUAUAUUGGAGAAGUACUACGAAGACUACAUUUGCAUCUGCUUCAAAGAGAAAGAAGGAUACGUGAAGAGCGGCAGUGAGGUGGAAGUUACGACCACGCUGAAACCUGUAAAACAUCUCAUCAAAAAGUCAAUCAGGAUUAGCAUGAAGGUGACUUACGGACCAACGUACUCAAUGAAUUUAAUAUGCUCCACGUGCCGCACAAAAUUUAAAUUGUCGUUCAAGGAAUUCGAUUUUGGCGCAUGUUUGGUUCAGAAGGAGAAGUCAACCUAUUACGAAGCCAAUCUGGAUAUAAUCAACAACGAUAUCGGACCUAUGCUUGUUGAGUUGCUCGGAGAUCCUCUGGAGCAUCUAUGUCUCGUGAAUAAGGCUAACACGAUUGCGCCGAAAAGAAGUGGCAGGAUCGUCCUGUACUUCCAUCCUAUGGAGUCGCGACGCUACAACGACGAUGUGAUCGUCCACAUCAACGGAAGACCUCAGAUAGUUACCAUUUCUGGAAUCGGAACACCUCUUGUAGUCGAGUUAGAAGAACCCAAAGAUAAAUUGCUGAAUUUGGGCCCGGUACCUCUGGACAAGACCGCGAAGAAAAGGGUACGAGUGCUCAACCUGUCCAAAUGCCCGAUCACCAUAUACUUCGAUCUGCAUCACAGAUUGCCCAUCUUCUCCAGGGCCAAGAGGAUACUCGAUGCUGACUUUGAAAAGCCCGAAAUCAGCCCAUCAGAUAUUGCUGUGAAAAAAAACAAACUGAAGGCGCAGCGAAAAAAGAAAAAGGGUAAAAAGGGCAGCAAGAAGAGCAGCUCUAAAGGCAGCAAAAGCAGCAAGAAAACUAAGAGUAGUAAAAGUAGCAAGAAGAAAAGCUCGAAGAGCAGCAAGAGCAGCAAGGGUAGCAAGAAGAACAAGAAGAAUAAAGGAAAGAAGGGUAAAGGCAAGAAAGAUACGAAAAGCGUAGGCGAGUCAGAGAAAUAUGUGGAGUCCCCGGAGGAGAAGGAGAACAGGCUCGUGAAUGAAACGGUGAAAAUUUUGCCAAAGAAAUGGACAAAACUGUACUCACGACAGUCGUGCGAAUUCACACUCAACUUCAAUCCGCAUGAGAGGAUGCCUCUUUUCACGAAUCAGGUGUUUUAUCAAGUGCAAGAUGAAGUUCAUCCGAUCUGCAUGUUCAAAUCUUCGUGUAUUGCUGCCGAUUACUAUUUGGACACCGAUCGCAUCAGUUUCGGGAGCGUCAUCAAAGGCUACUCGAACGAUUUUUGUGUGACCCUCUUCAACACCGGCGACAUAGGAGGAAAGUACAGAUGGAUGCUGGGCAAGAGACAGACAGAAUUCUCAGUAAUUCCUUUAGACGGGUAUAUCUCGCCAGGAACCAGCGUCACCUAUCAAGUGACAUUCGCGCCCACUCAGAUCCAUUGUCUCCUCAGAUGCGUCGCGCAAUUAAGUGUCGACAAUUUUCCAAAAACUUUGGGUCUUGAACUUGUGGGCACGUGCGUCAAUCUUCCACCUCCCCGAGAGAUCUUAAAGUUCUCGUGUCCAGUGCGCGAGGUCCAAACAAAGAACGUAACAAUCGCAAAUCCAACUGGAAAGGAUUGGAGCAUCACGCCUUCGCUGAGCGGACAAUUCUUCGAUUUCGUGGAGGAGGUGUUCAUCACUGCAAAGUCUUCCGCAUCAUUUGCCGUCAAUUAUCAACCUCUUUUGAUGACGGCCGAUCACAAGACUCACGAAGGCAAGCUGUUCCUGCCUCUACCCGAAGGUCAAGGAAUCCUCUACGGUUUAAUUGGGGAAUCGUUGAGGCCGAAACCCUGCGUCAAAAUAGAAAGAACAAUUUCCGCUAAAUCUUACCACACGGAACUGAUGGUGCUGAAGAACUGGCUGAAAAUAUCACAGCAGUUUGCGGUGAUCAAUCAGAUUUCCCAGGGGGAUACGGGCAAGAAAAAGAGUAAACUUCUGUACAAGUUGUGCGGCAAUGGAAUCGUGGAUGUCGCCGCCAUGUCCGAGAGGACGUACAAAUGGGUAAUUUACGCGCUGAACGAGGGCAAACUCAGCUUCAAGGUGAAAUUUCGUAACGAGACGACGCACGAGUACAUCGAGUACGAUGUUGUGCUGACAAUUACCAAGUGCGAGCCGUUGGAUGUCUUCGAAUUAGCAACUUGCGCCCGACGUCCGGUCCAAUGCAAGAUCACGUUGGAAAAUCCCAUCAGGGAAAAAGCUUUAUUUUCCGUGGCAUCCACCUGCAAAGAUCUGCAUUUCAACGAUAAGUUGAUCAUCGAGCCGUACAAUGAGUUUGAAUUGAUCAUCGAGUAUAAGCCUCUGCUGGAGUGCGAGCAGUUUGAGACUAGCGUCGAGGCGACGGCCCCCACUUUGGGGCAGUUUCCAUACGUCUUUCGACUGAGCGCCGGACCUCCGGUGCCUGAGAAUCCCAUCCAUAUCGAAUCGCAGCUAGGGCAGAGCGCCACCAAAAUCGUGCAGCUGUACAAUUCAGCAGAUACUAAAGUCGAUGUAUCAGCCAGGGUUGAAGGAGAGGACUUUGUGGUGCAGGGAGGAGCUAUCAUCGAACCAAAGACCAAUGGGACUUUCCGAGUGGAAUUCGAGCCCAGCGACCUCGGAGGCGUUCGCUCCAACCUCAUUCUGACCUCCGCCAUCCUCGGCGACUACACAUUUCCACUGAUCGGACGUUGCGUUCCUCCUAAACCGCAAGGACCGUUUAUAGUGUACGAAGGGGUCGCAACCAGUCUUCCAUUCAAGAAUCCUUUCACCGCCGCCAGAAGUUUCAACUUUGUUGCAGAUCCUGCAAACGUGUUCAUCGUUCGUCCUGCGAGCGAAACGAUCAAACCGAAAACCUUAUCCAAAGUUACCGUAACUUUAAGUCAACAGAUCGUCGCCAGCAAGCAACAGGAAUUUCCGGCUAUAGGAAAACUAACAAUAACCUGCGAAGAUGACAGCCUGGAAGAGAUCAGAUGGACUGUGUAUUUAAGAUCUGAAUAAAUAAUGAAGGGGUGGUCGUUAU